UUGCAAACCUUAGCCAGCUCUCCCAUUUACUUAUGGCAAACAACAAUAUCAAUGGUCCAAUUCCAUCUUUCAUUGGAAACUUUAACCAACUCCAAUAUUUGUUCCUUUCAUACAAUAAUUUUAGUGGCCCAAUUCCUCCCUCAUUUGCAAACCUUAGCCAACUCUUCAUUUUGUAUAUGAAAAACAACAAUAUCAAUGGUCCAAUUCCAUCUUUCAUUGGAAAAUGUAACCAACUCCUACUUUUGUCACUUUCAUACAAUAAUUUUAGUGGUCCAAUUCCUUCAGAUAUUUGCAGGCUCUCUAGCCUAUGGUACUUGAGUUUGUCUAAUAACUUGCUCUCUGGUCAAGUAUGUCAAUUCAAAUAUAAUAAUACAUUAGAAUAUGUUGAUCUGAGCCAUAACAAGUUGUCUGGCACAAUUCCAAGCUCAGUUUUCAAUGAGGUGGACUUGAUGGUUCUCAUUCUUUCAUCAAAUGAGAAAUUGACAGGAGAAAUUCCUUCUGCAGUUUGUGAGUCAAAAUCACUCCAAAUCCUUGACCUGUCGAGUAACAAUUUUAGUGGUCCCAUUCCACAAUGUUUGGGAGACUUCAGCAGUAGCCUUUCAGUGUUACAUCUGGGUAUGAACAAUUUCAAUGGAGUUCUCCCUCAAGUAUUUUCAGAAGGCAGUAACGUGAGAUAUUUGAAUUUCAAUGGCAACCAACUGCAAGGGAAAAUCCCAACGUCCAUUUCCAAUUGUAAAGAUUUGGAAAUCCCAACGUCCAUUUCCAUUUGUAAAGAUUUGAUUUCUUACAGCUACGAUUCCAAUAGGACUCCAUGGUUUAAGUGGGAAAGCCCCACUUCCAUUUUGCCAACUAUUUCUGUUUUCCCAAGCUACGGAUUUUGGCUGUUUCCCAAGCUACGGAUUUUGGACCUCUCCAACAACAAUUUCAGCGGACCUUUGCCUUCAUAUUAUUUCAAUAAUUUCGAUGCAAUGAUCAAUGUUGAUCAGCAUAUGACAUACAUGGGAGCACCAAACGACUCCUAUGAUUAUUCUGUGAGGUUGACAUGGAAAGGAUUGGAAAUUGAGUUGGUGAAAAUCCAAACUCUUUUAACAACCAUUAAUUUGUCAGGUAAUAACUUCACAGGAAAAAUUCCAAAGUCAGUUGGACAGCUUAAAGGACUUAAGCAGCUCAACAUGUCUCACAAUCAUCUCAUAGGCAAUAUUGAACCAUCAAUACCAUCAAUAGGAAAUUUGACCAAUCUGGAAUCUUUAGACCUCUCUUCAAAUAAUCUUACUGGAAGGAUUCCGAUCCAAUUGGCAACUUUGACAUCCCUCGCAGUAUUUUCUGUUUCGCAUAAUCAACUUGAAGGACCCAUACCUACAGGCUCUCAGUUUAACACAUUUGAUAAUAGCUCGUAUGAAGGAAACACAAGACUGUGUGGAUUUCCACUGCAAAAGGCUUGUAAUUCUGGUGAAAGGCAACAAGUCACGACACCAUCAGGCGAAGAAGAUUCAAACUCUGAUGAAAAUGGACUUGGAUGGAAAUCUUUUUUCACAGGAUAUGCAUUUGGAGCAGUGUUUGGUCUCGCAAUGGGAUACCUUGUGUUCAGAACAAAAAAACCUACUUGGUUGGUGAAGCUGAUUGAAGGUGAAGGACAUCCAAGGCUGAAAAGAAGUAUCAACAACACCUGCAUAUCUUAUCAGAGAAGAAGAAGAAGAAGAAGAAAUUAGUGAAUGGAAUUGCUUUCUGAAGGUAAGUUUUAUUAUCUGUCUUCAUAUCAAAUUAACAAGAUUUUUAUUUCAUGAUGAACUUUGGACUUUGUUAGGUAAGUCAAAUGAUGAAUAAGCAGAUGGUGCAUUUGCAUGCCAAGUGGAAAGAAGAGAUCUCUUCUGUUGCUCCAGAAUCAAAUGCGUUACUUGGAACAUCUACAACAAAGCUCUUUUAAAUUUUUUUAAGCUAUAAUUUCCUCUCAUUUUUUUUUUUUGUUGUUUUUCUCUUCUUUUUUUUUCUGUGUGUCUAUAUAUGUAAAAUAAUUUUAAAGUCAGACUUGAUUUGUCACUUGAAAUAAAAUUCAAAUCAUGUUAAAAAGAAAAUCCACAAUUAAGAAAUAGUUAUUUCUUGCC